AAGUAGCCUUUUCAAGUAAUGAACAGUUCACCUUUGUUGAUUCUCCUUAUAAACAUCUUAAUGUAGCCUAAAUGCAUUUGUUGGCAUUUCAGUUGCAUCUAUUUAAUCAGCGAUAAAAUUUGCGAACGCGAUCUCUUUCAUUGCUGAGUUUUCAGUCCACAACACAGCGAAAUUCAGGAAUUCAGAUUCAGGAAAGCUUGCCUGCACUUUUUUCACUCCUCCCCUCACUGCAGCCGUCUGCUCUCUUCUAAAUUGCAGGCAAGCUGCAUCUCAAACAAGCCUUAUAACAGUUGAGUUGAAUCCACCCGGGAUCGCGACAUGUUAUCCUCGAGUUCAACGGCAUUCCCGCUUCUGUUCGCGGCGUUAUUCGCCAAGACAGUCGCUCAUUCGGAUUGUAACUUCUUUACAACCAACAGCGGUGAAUUCAAGCACACUGUGAUCUGUAAUUUAACCGAAAUUUGGUAUCGGUUGAAAGGAACGUUUUGCUGUGGGACCUGCGACAACCGCUACUGCUGCACCGAUCCGCAAAAAAGAUUAACCGAUGUCCAACAAAAUGACUGUGAUUUUAAAGUAUUUAAGGAUUUGCUUGAACCUCCACCUGAAACCAAUGACGAUGGGCUGGUUGCCAUCAUUGUGAUCGUAGUAGGAGCGAUUGUCUUCUCCGUUCUGUUCCUCAUCUGCUGGGUGUCUCCCAGCUGCUAUCUCUAUAAGAAGUGCCGAAACCCUAGCCCUGUGAUGGAAGUAACUACAGUCGUGACUACACAACAUCUUCCGCAGCCGACUGUCAUUAUUGGAGGUCGGUAUCCACCUUACCAACCACUGACCAAUGACCCAGAGAACGAAUGUCCGAUGGGAUCAUACGAGGGACAGCCAUGUGUACCGGGACUGCCACCACCAUAUCAGGAGGCUGAUCCAGGAUAUCCUGUACAUCCACCUGCUCGGUCAGAUUUUGCUCACAAUCCCCUCCACACAGAUUAUACCUCACCACCACCACCACCACCCAUCAACCCUGCUUAUGUAGAAUCAACAAAAAACUAAACCACAUCCUUUGUCACCCAUCGCUAUUGUGGUGUGAUAUCCUGCAAAUGUGUUUUGAGUAAUUCUGUUAUUGUUCCUUUCUAUAGUUUAUUCAUUUAUUUUAGUAAAGUUUCUUAUUUCUGUUGUGUUUAACUGCCAUUUGUUGUUGCACAAGUGCCAACUUUACACUUUCUUUCACUUUUACCACAAGCUGUAUUUUGAGGUCAGUGUGUCUUGUUGUUUUAUGUCUUUGUAGCCUAAAAAAAAUAACACAAUAAUUAACCUUAUUUGGAUAAAAUUGCACUUAUUUUUGUUUUUAGUAUUGCUAAACUGGCCCAGUGUUUUAUUUUUUAAAAUGUAAAAGACUUUUCAUUCACUGUAAAAAAAAAAAUGUGUAAGUUUAUUCA